AUGAUCCCGCGAUCCUUUCUGCGCAUACGAGCGCUGUUGGCAGCCUUGGUACUCGCUAUCUUUUUCACCUGGGCAAUAUUGGGACAGUUCAAAGCCUACAUCCCCAUUCUCUUAUCUCCACAUGCCAUCACCACAGACCUGACGCCUUCACAUCGCCAAUUCUGGCGGGAAUUCCACGCCUUGCUACGGAAAUAUGCGCCGGACACAGAGCCUAUCAUAGAAUAUGAAAAGGCAUCCACAGAAGGCUUCAAUGCCCACAAUCCACCACCCCGCCCAGAUACCCUCGAUGUUCCAGAGGAAGACAUCACAACCAUGAAAGAAGCGCAUACCGGGUUCGUCAAUGCAAUCACCGACUCCCCACCCGAGCUCCCCUACCUCCCCGGCACAAAAGGCAUAGUCUCAACAGCAGGGGGCACCUACCUCCCAGUGCUAGUGAUAUCCCUCCGGAUGCUCCGCCGAACCGGCUCAACGCUCCCGAUGGAAGUCUUCCUCUCCGAUGACGACGAGUAUGAAGACUACAUAUGCGAAGUAGUCCUACCAUCGCUGAAUGCGCGGUGCGUAGUUCUAUCCCAUAUCCUCAUUGCCGCCCCAGCCCGAAUCCAGAAAUACCAAUUCAAGCCCUUCGCAAUGCUCUUCUCGUCCUUCGAAGAAAUCCUCUUCCUAGACGCAGACGCCUUCCCCCUUGAGAAACCAGAACAUCUCUUCACAACCGAGCCCUUCCUUUCAAAAGGCAUGGUCACCUGGCCCGAUUUCUGGGCCUCCUCUGUCUCCCCACUCUUCUACGAUAUCGCAAACUACCCACCCCCACCAAUGGACCUACGCCAAUCAACAGAAUCAGGCGAAGUCCUCCUCUCCAAAAAAUCUCAUCUCCGCUCCCUUCUCCUCACAACAUACUACAACUAUCACGGCCCCUCACACUACUACCCUCUGCUCUCCCAGGGCGCUGCCGGCGAAGGCGACAAGGAGACCUUCGUCGCAGCCGCGACCGCCAUGCGCGAAUCCUUCCACCAAGUGAGCGAGUCCAUCUGUGCCCUUGGCCACGAAACCCACGGCGGCAUAGCCGGCUCGGCAAUGGCACAGUUCGAUCCCGUGCAGGACUUUGCAUUGACCAGUCGUGGGAUAUGGCGUGUCAGAGGCGACCACGCACCCGCGCCAGGCGUCUUCUUCAUACAUGCCAACUUCCCCAAGUUCAAUCCUGCCACUGUCUUUGAGAUCCACGAGGUUAAUCCUGCGUUUACGGAUUUGGGUGAUUAUACGCGGGCCUGGACGCUGCCGGUUGAUGUUGUGCGGGGGUUCAAUAGCAGGGUUGAUGUCGAGAAGGGAUUUUGGGAGGAGAUUCUUUGGACUGCUUGUGAGCUUGAGGAUAAGUUUCACAGUUGGCUUCAGUAUGAGGGGAUUUGUGACGCGAUGAAGGAGUACUGGGGUGCUGUCUUUGGGGAGGAUUGA